AUGGAGAGAAGAGGCUUUCUUAUUUCCCUGUUUCUAUUAAAACUGUUAUUAUGUUGUGGAGGAUAUUGGAAGGUGAGUAGUUGCUUGGAUUGGGAGAGAAAGGCUCUCACUAGCUUUCGGAAGGCACUCAACGAGUCCUUCAAUCAUCUCUCUUCUUGGGAUGAUGCCUCAGACUGCUGCAAUUGGACAGGAAUUACCUGCAACACCAAAACACGGUACGUUGUUCAUCUUGACUGCAGUGGUUUGGGCCUGAGUGGCUCAAUCAAUCCAUCUUUGCUUGAACUGAAACAUCUCCGUUACUUGAACUUGAGCCAUAAUGCUUUUAAUGGUAUCCCAAUUCCAGAGUUGUUGGGUUCCAUUAAGGAGUUGAAGCAUUUGGACUUGUCAGAUGCAGGGUUCAGCGGGAGAAUCCCUCAUCAGCUUGGAAACCUCUCUAAACUCUUUUCCCUGAAUCUUUCUUAUUCUUCUUUGAGUGCCAAAAACCUGUGGUGGUUGGGAAGCCUACCUUCUCUAAAGUACCUCGACAUGUCUUAUGUGAACCUUUCCAUGGCAACCGAUGAUUGGGUCCACGUAAUGAACAAAUGUCCUUCCCUCGUUGAGCUACGUUUACCAUACUGUGAUCUUUCAUAUAUUUCUCCAACUCUUCCUUCUGUUAAUUUCACAUCUCUCCACGUCCUUGAUCUUAGUUACAACAACUUCAACUCUAGAAUUCCAAACUGGAUUGCUAACAUUAGUAGCCUUGUGUUUUUAGAUCUCGCAGGGAAUCAGUUGAAUGGGAGUAUCCCUGCAGGUCUUGGAGGGUUGUCUUCCUUACAGUAUUUAUGUCUCCGUGGGAAUCAAUUGAAUGGGAAUAUCCCUGCAGCUCUUGGAGGAUUGUCUUCUUUACAAUAUUUAUUCCUCGAUGAUAAUCAGUUGAAUGGGACAAUUCCAACAAGUUUAGGACAACUUUCUAACUUGUCUUCUCUUGACCUCUCAAACAAUUCCUUGACAGGAAAUGUUUCUGAAAGUCUUUUUGAAAACCUCAAGAAGUUGGAGGGCUUGCGUUUGUACUCCAAUUCUUUGGUUUUUGAUCUACACCCAGAUUGGGUCCCUCCAUUUCAGCUUCUGGCCAUUAGGCUGGGAUCAUCUCAUUUAGGUCCUCAAUUUCCUGCUUGGCUACGCACACAAAAAUACAUACAGAGGUUGGAUCUCUCUAACACAACCAUCUCUGGCAUCAUGCCCACCUGGUUUUGGGAUUUAACUCCCCAACUUCUUAUACUGGAUCUUUCAAAUAAUGAGAUUUCUGGCCAAUUGCCCAAGCUUUUAAAGAUGCAGUCUCAUGGCUUCAUCGAUUUGAGUUCGAAUCGUUUCAGUGGUCAAAUACCUUGCAUAUUGAAUGGAUCCAGAGUACUUGAUAUCUCCAGCAAUCAAUUUUCUGGGCCAAUCCCACCAAAUUUUACAUCCACAAUGCGUUAUCUAGAGUUCUUUUAUGCCGCAGGUAACCAAAUCAGUGGCAUAAUUACCUCAUCCAUAGAAGAAUUGAAAUAUUUAGUUGUCCUUGAUCUUUCCCGAAACAAUAUAACUGGUACCAUUCCGUCGAGAUUGGGUAACUGUGUAGCCCUUGAAGCGCUUGAUUUGAGCAAAAACAGGUUAUUGGGAGGAAUUCCCACGUCUUUGGGUCUGUUAAGCCGACUCCAAACAAUGCACUUGAAUAACAAUACCCUAUCAGGAGAAGUUCCUUCAUCUUUGAAGAACUGUUCUAGGUUGAAGGCUCUCGACCUUGGAUACAACAAUUUCUUGGGUCAUAUUCCCACUUGGAUUGGCAAAAGCUUUCCAGCUUUAAGAAUUCUGAGUUUACGAUUCAAUAUGUUUACUGGCGACAUACCACCGCAAUUAUCAAACCUAACUUCUCUUCAUAUCCUUGAUGUGGCACAAAAUUGUUUAUGUGGCACAAUUCCUCAAAGUUUUGAAAAUCUCAUCGCAAUGAAAAAUGAGGAGAAGAGGUAUGACUUUGUUUCUUUUAGAAGGAUCAACCUUACCUCUGGAUGGGCAGAAUUUAAUUACGAGGAAAACUUGCUUAUGAGAGUGAAGGGGCAAAUGCGUGAAUAUACAAGAACAGUUUCACUUGUUACUUGCAUGGACCUUUCAAGCAAUAACUUAACGGGAGAGAUCCCUGAAGGAGUCACAAGUCUUUUGGGAUUGCAUGUCUUACACUUAUCUAGAAAUCAUUUUACCGGAAAGAUUCCAGAUAAGAUUGGUAAAUUGACAUUGCUGGAGUCUCUUGAUUUCUCUAAAAAUCAGCUUUCAGGCACAAUUCCACAGAGCAUCUCAGAUUUAACUUUUCUAAGUUACUUGAACUUGUCCUAUAACAACUUGUCGGGAAGAAUUCCAUCAGGAAAUCAGCUCCAGACACUUGAAGAUCCGUCUAAUUAUAUUGGCAACAAUGGACUCUGUGGACCUCCUCUUACAGAUAAUUGUGCUGGCGAUGAGACACCUCAAGGUCUACUUCCUGGUAGUACUGAUGUAAAAGAAAAUGAAAAAGAGUAUGAAAUGCGUUGGUUUUACACUGCAAUGGGACUAGGAUUUCCUGUGGGUUUUUGAGCCUUCUGUGGCGUUUUAGUGCUCAAGAAAUCUUGGAGGAUUGCCUAUUACCGCUUCUUUGAUGAGAUGAAAGAAAGACUUUUUGUAACUGUUGCUUUAUGGGAUGUUAGAUUGAAGAAGUUUCUUGAAAAGCUAUGUCAUUAGUAAUCAAUAAUUGUUGUAACCUUGGCUGCUUUACAGUGUUUUUUUUUUUUUUCCUUUUAAUGGUUAGUAUCUUUUAUGAGAGUUGUAAUAGAUAAGUAUUAAUGAGAAUUUGUGAAAGGGAAUUGGUCA